AAGAGCAAUAAACGAGAAAUAUUGGAUUAUUGGAUUCGUAUCGAACAAGAAAGAGCAUUGAAGACGAAACAAAUGGCCGUGAAAACCAAAUCACAAUCUUCUGCAUUAGAUAUGUUGAAUGUUGCAACCAACAAUCAAACGAACCAAGUUAUUAAGUUGCUUGAAGAGGAGAAAUUGGAUGGGCCAUCAUCAAAAGACACGAAAUCUAAUCCAGAUCCAAAUAUGAGUAAAGAAGAUCAGGAAGAAGAGGAACCCGAGGAUGAAAUCGAUGAAUUCAUUAUGGACAAGGAAAAUAAUGACAAAAUUAGUAAUGACUUCGUGGAACGUAUAGAAGAAUCCAAAAUGUCAAGUUGUCAGCGUCCGUGGAUCCUCCGUAGUGGUACAGACGUAGGAGAUAAAUUGGCAAGUUAUAUCAAGACGAUUCCUGAGAACCAAAAAUGUUUGAACCUCGCAUAUUGGAAUAUACUUGAUUUGACUGAGAAUACACAAAUGAAAUCUCUUUUCUCGGCGAAUGACUGGAAGGAAAUGGUUGAAAGUUUCAAUAAAGAAGUUAAAUUGAUCGAAUCGGAUUUUCUUGAUGUGGUAGAGUAUUUUUUCGAUGAAGUUGAAAAAAUUACAAAAAAAGAGGAUAAAGAUAUCAUCAACGCGAUUGAUAGAUUAACCCCGGAAAUUAUUGAAACGAAUCGAAAAGUAGAACUUAGCGAAGAGGAAAAAAAUGUUAUUUCCAUUUUAAGGCGUGCUGUUGUCACGUAUGGGGAAAUUGCAUGUUGGGCGUCAGCUUAUCGCCGAAAUGAAGGUCGUUCCGUUGUUCUCAGAGCUCGCAUUGGACAAAAGUGCGAUUUUCGAGGAACUUUAAAAAAAAGUAUCAACAAGCUUGAGGCUCUCAUAGGUCUCAGAAGUGGUGGACUCCCAGAGCCUCAUCGAAAAAAAAUUCACGAAGACAAAGUUGAUAUAAGCGUGGCAAUGCGAGAUAUCUUGUAUACAUUUUUUAAAGAAAAUUCCAAAGCACCUAGCUCUGAUAUUCAUUCCACAUUUGUCUUUGGAAUACAUUCAUGGGGAUGGGUUCACAAUAUAUAUGGGAUGGACUGUAAAGCGACGAAUAUACUACGGCUUGGCUGUAUUUCUCAUUUAAAGAUGCCAAACACCCUAAAAACGCUCUCAGUACUCGAAAGCUUCUACGUACUUUUCACGGAUUUGCAGACCACGUUGAAUACUAUUUGCGAACAUACAAAUAGUAUCUCGCUUGCACAUUCACGUGCACACAGAAAUCGAAAAAGGAAGGAUCCGGAACAAGCUGGUGAGAAAGGUGGAUCAUUUGGAAAUCCUUCACGAAGCCCGGCAAGUAAGAAGAGUUUGACAAGUUUAGAAAAAAAGAAAAUGAGAGAAGUAUCAAGUAGGAAGGUUUUAAGAAUUUCAAAUUGA